CCUCCCUCCUCCUCUUGCGUCUUCCGUUCCUCUCCCCUCGCGCUGCCCAAUGCGGUCGCUGAUUGGCGGCGCAGCAGCAAGCGGCGGGACGCGCACUUGAUCAGCCGGCGAGUGCACGUCGUCUUCGGGAGGAAGCGGCUGUGCGAGACGGACCCUUUCCCCUCUGCGUCUUUUGCAGACCACCCCCCCACGACUAGGAUACUCUCGAGCCCCAUCAGCAGCAUCUUUUUCCUUUUCUUGAUUUCUUUUCUCUUUUUUUUUUUUUUUUUUUUUUUUUUGGGUGGCUGGACAGUAACGCAGACGAACGCGUUGUGGCGUCUGUGGCGAGCGGCGGCAGCAGCAGCAGCAGCGGCAGCAGCAACGGAUCUCGCUCGCUUCCCUUCCAGGACGUCGGCGAUGGAGCGCAGUGGGUGAACUUGGCCGCUCGCGUGGCCGACGACGCCGACGAGGACGUGCGCGCGCGCUGUAAGUUUGGAAGUUGACGCGCACGCACAAACGCCAGGUGGACUGAAUGGAGUGAAGAGGCGGGGCAGAGCGUGAAAACUUUGGAAGCAGGCCGGGUGACCCAAAACAAGAAUUUUAAAAAGUGUGGAGACGGUGAAGGCAUGCGGGCAGCAUGGAACGGGUGAGGGAGCAGCGGCCGUUCUGCUCGCUCUCCAGGAGCCAGCGAGAGCACCGCGAGCGAGACGGAGAACCCGAACGCAGGUGCCGUUACGCCUCGGAGCGCGAGGAAGUCGCCCGCAACUUUGCCGCGCCGUCCUGCCGCGUGCCCACGCAGAAGUCGUACAGCUCCAGCGAGACGCUCGAGGCCUUCGAGCAUGACCCGGCGCGGAUGCUCUUCGGGGGCCGGGUCAAGGAGAUGGCGCGCCAGGAGGGUGGCGUGGAGUACAGCCGGCCAGGGCAGACGUUCUCUCUGAGGCAGCUCGGCAUCUGCGAGCCUCGCCGAGGCCUGGCGCCGUGCCCCGAGACGGGCCCGUCGCACCCCCUCGGCACCUACGGCCGGGGGCCCGCCUCCGCCUCGCAGGGGUGCGAGCCCCGGUCCCCGGAACGCGCCGUCGCCCUUUGGGGCAAGGGGGGCGGCAACUCGUGCCUCUCCAGCCGCUCCAACUCGGCGCUCACGCUCACCGACACGGAAAUGGACAACAAGUCGGACAACGAGAUGGGUGACCAUCUGUCCAGUCCUCAGGGUCCUCCCCCACUGCCGCCGGCGCCCCCGCCUCCGCCCCACAAGCAGCACCCUUCCAUCACGUCCCUGAGCCGCGGCUCGCUGGCCAAUCAGAGGGCCGCGAGCCCACCACCCGCCGCCGGCCUGGCGGCCGAUUUGCAGAACACGGCGGAAUGCGUCCAGCUGCAGGACAGCUGGGUGCUGGGCAGCAAUGUGGCCCUGGAGAGCCGGCACUUCCUAUUUAAGACGGGCACGGGAAGUACCCCCUUCUUCGGCGCAGCAGCCCCGGGCUACACCAUGGCGACGGGCACCGUCUACUCCACGCCGGCGCGUCCGCUGCCCCGCAGCAGCCUGUCCCGCGGCGCAUUCAAGUUCAAGAAGUCACCCAAGCACUGCACCUGGAAGUGCACCGCCCUGGUCGCGGUGGCCGUCGCUGUGCUGUUGUCCGUCAUUCUCUGCUACUGCAUAGCCAUGCACCUUUUUGGCCUCAACUGGCAGCUGCAGGAGUUGGACAGCCAGCCGGCGUUCGAAAACGGCGGAAUCGGGAAGCCCGGUCCCUCGCCGUCCAGCGCCGUCACGGCCCUCGCCGCCGACGGAAGGACGAGCAUUCUCCACCAAGAGAACAACUCUGUGGACACGGGGCCAGUGGACGUCGGGAAAAGAGCAGGUCUAAGCGUUCCUCCCGGCGUUUUCUGGCGUUCCCAGCUCAGCGUGGACAGGCCCCGGUUCCUCAAGUUCAACAUCACGGUGCAGAAGAACGCCUUGAUCGGCGUGUACGGGCGCAAGGGUCUUGCGCCGUCUCACACGCAGUACGACUUUGUGGAGCUCCUGGACGGCAGCCGCCUCAUCGCCAACGAACACCGUGCCCCGAGCGAGCCCGACAGGGGGGUCGGCCCGGACCACCAGGUGGUGGUCCACCAAGCGGGAUUCAUCCAGUACCUCGACGCUGGCGUGUGGCAUCUGGCUUUCUACAACGACGGGCGUAGCCCGGAGGCCGUGUCCUACAACGCCAUCGUCCAGGAGUCUGUCACCGAGUGCGCACACAACUGCUACGGGAACGGCGAGUGCGUGGCGGGUUCCUGUCACUGCUUCCCGGGAUUCAUCGGGCCAUACUGUUCUAGAGCUGCCUGCCCCGUCCUCUGCAGCGGUAACGGCCAGUACACUAGGGGGCGAUGCCAAUGCUACAGCGGCUGGAAGGGCACGGAGUGCGAUGUGGCCUCCGGCCAGUGUGUGGACCCUCAGUGCGGGGGCCACGGUGUGUGCGUGGUGGGCAACUGCGUGUGCAACACUGGCUGGAGAGGAAGCAACUGUGAGCAAGUGGACUGCGUGGACCCAAAGUGCUCCGGACACGGCACUUGUCAUCACGGCGAGUGCCACUGCAACCCUGGCUGGGGCGGAAUCAGCUGCGAGAUCUUGAAGAGCACUUGUCCCGAGCAGUGCUCCAGUCACGGCACCUUCAGCACCGACUCGGGGACAUGCGUCUGCGAGGACAACUGGACCGGAGCCGAUUGUUCCAUAGAGAUGUGCGUGGUGGACUGCGGCCCUCACGGCUCGUGCUUGGGUGGUGUGUGUCACUGCGAGGAGGGCUGGGCGGGUGCCGAGUGCGAACAGAGGGACUGUCACCCGCGCUGCAUCGACCACGGGGUGUGUCGCGAGGGCAAGUGCGACUGCCACCAGGGCUGGACGGGCGAGCACUGCACCAUCGCGCUGGAUUCCAGAGUGUCAGAUGGCUGCCCGGGCCUGUGCAACAACAACGGGCGUUGCAUCUUGGAUCAGAAUGUCUGGCACUGCAUCUGUCAGUCUGGAUGGCGAGGCCUGGGCUGCGACGUCGCCACCGAGACGCUCUGCUCGGACGCCAAGGACAAUGAGGGAGAUGGCCUUGUGGACUGCAUGGACCCGGACUGCUGUGCUCAGAUCUCCUGUCAGGGUCAGACAUACUGCAAGGGUUCGAUGGACCCGGCCGCUGCCGUUGCCGCCAUGCAGGGCCAGAACUCGCCCAGCCAACCCAUCUCCAGGAGUUUCUACGACCGCGUGGCGUUCCUGAUGGGGCCCAGCGGCAGUCACGUUCUACCAGGGGAGAACCCCUUCAACAGCAGCCUGGCAUCAGUCAUCCGUGGUCAGGUCCUCACCGGAGACGGAACGCCCCUGAUCGGAGUCAAUGUGUCAUUCCCGCACUACCCCGACUACGGCUACACCAUCACAAGACAGGACGGCAUGUUUGACCUGCUGGCCAACGGCGGAGCGUCGUUAACUCUGACAUACGAGCGAGCGCCUUUCCCAACCCUGCGUCGCACCGUGUGGAUCCCCUGGAACGUGUUCCACGUGAUGGACCCGGUGGUGAUGCGGCGCGAGGAGAACAACGACAUCUCCGGCUGCUACCUGACGGGCCUGAGCCGGCCUGAGCCGCUGAUCCUGGCCUCGCCGCUUUCCACCUUGUACAAGACAUCAGCUGAGGACAGCCCUGUCAUUCCUGAGACCCAGGUCCUCCACGAGCAAGUGGCCAUCCCGGGCAGUGACCUCAACCUGGUCUACCUGAGCUCACGGGCAUCCGGCUACAAGCCCAUACUCAAGGUUCUUCUGACACAGGACCGGCUUCCCUUCGGCCUGAUGAAGGUGCACCUGAUGGUGGCCGUGAUGGGUCGCCAGCUGCAGAAGUCUUUCCCGGCCUUCCCCGACCUUUCCUACACCUUCAUCUGGGAUAAGACGGAUGCCUACGGCCAAAAGGUCUACGGCCUAGCAGAGGCUGUGGUGUCGGUGGGCUACGAGUACGAAUCGUGCCUGGACGUGGUCCACUGGGAGAAAAGAACGGCGGUGCUGCAGGGCUACGAGGUGGACGCCGCCAACAUGGGAGGCUGGAUGCUGGACAAGCACCACAUCCUCGACGUGCAGAACGGUAUUCUGUACAAAGGCAGCGGCGAGAACCAGUUCAUCUCGCUGCAGCCACCCGUCAUCUCCACCAUCAUGGGCAACGGCCGCCGUCGUAGCAUUUCAUGCCCGAGCUGCAAUGGCCAGGCGCUGGGCAACAAGCUGCUGGCGCCCGUAGCCUUGGCAUGGGGCAUCGACGGUAGCCUCUACGUGGGAGACUUCAACUACAUUCGACGCAUCUACCCAUCAGGCAACGUCACUAGCAUCAUGGAGCUUAGAAAUAAAGACUUUAGACACAGCAACAACCCGGCACACCGCUACUAUCUGGCCACCGACCCGGUCACGGGGCAGCUGUUGGUGUCGGACACCAACUCGCGACGCAUCUACCGGCCGAAAAGCCUCUCCGGAACCAAGGACCUGCAGGCCAACGCCGAGGUGGUGGCCGGGACCGGAGACCACUGCUUGCCCUUCGACGAGAAACACUGCGGAGACGGCGGCAAAGCUGUGGAGGCCCUGCUCACCGGACCCAAAGGCAUCGCGGUGGACAAGAACGGCCUGAUUUACUUCGUGGACGGCCCCACCAUCCGCAAGGUGGACCAGAACGGCAUCAUUUCCACUUUCCUGGGCUCCAACGACUUGACGUCGGCGCGACCGCUCACUUGCGACGACAGCAUGGACGUCAGUCAGGUUAUUCUGGAGUGGCCCACAGAUCUGGCGGUGAGCCCGAUGGACAAUUCGCUCUACGUGCUGGACAACAACAUCGUGCUGCGCAUUACCGAUAACGGCCAAGUGAGCAUCACGGCGGGACGCCCCGUCCACUGCCCGCUGUCCGUCCCGGAGGGUGGCGUUCCGUCCGGCGGCCAACGGGCGCAGUUCACGCCCUUGGAGUCAGCCGCGUCCAUCGCAGUCUCCUACCACGGCGCCAUCUACAUCGCCGAGACGGACGAGAGGAAUCUGAGCCGCAUCCGCAAGGUCUCCGUAGACGGCGAGAUCACGCACUUGGCCGGGGCGCCGUCCGACUGCGACUGCAAGAACGACGCCAACUGCGAUUGCUACCAGGCGGGCGACGGUUACGCCAAAGACGCAAGGCUCAACGCGCCGUCCUCCCUGGUGGCCGCACCAGACGGGACGCUCUACGUGGCCGACCUGGGGAACAUCCGCAUCCGGGCCGUGUCUCGCAACGGGCCGGUGUCGGCGUCCAACGGCUACGAGGUGGCGUCGCCGGACGCCCAGGAGUUGUACGUGUUCGACGGUAACGGCACGCACCAGCACACGGCCAGCUUGCUCACCGGGGACUCCAAGUACACCUUCAGCUACAGCACGGAAAACGACAUCACAGCCGUGACGGACAGCAACGGGAACACGCUGCGAAUACGCCGAGACUCCAACCGCACGCCGGUGCGAAUUGUGGCCCCGGACAAUCAGGUGAUCUGGCUCACCAUGGGCACCAACGGCGGGCUCAGGACCCUCACGGCGCAGGGACAGGAGCUGGUGCUGCUCACCUACCACGGCAACAGCGGCCUGCUGGCCACCAAAACCUCCGAGAUUGGAUGGACCACCUUCUACGACUACGACAUCGAAGGCCGCCUCAUGAACGUCACCUUCCCCACCGGCAUGGUCAACAACCUUUACACGGACAUAUACACCGCCCUCACCGUCGACAUCGAGAGCUCCCUCAGCGAGGAGGAGAUCAGCAUCACCACCAACACCUCCAGCAUCCACGCCUACUACACCCUCUCCCAGGAUCAAUGCAAAAGCAGCUACCAGGUAGGCUUCGACAAUUCGCUGCGGGUCACGUACGCCAACGGGAUGGAGACCCACUACCAGACCGAGCCGCACAUCCUGGCGGGAGCCGCCAACCCGACGGUGGCCAGGCGGAACAUGAGUCUGCCGGGCGAAAGCGGCCAGAACCUGGUGGAGUGGAGAUUCCGCAAAGAGCAAGCCAGGGGGAAGGUCAUCGUGUUCGGACGCAAGCUGAGGGUGAACGGCCGCAACAUCCUCUCCAUCGAUUACGACCGAACCCUGAGGACGGAGAAGAUUUACGACGACCACAGGAAGUUCCUCCUGAAGAUCAUCUACGACACGGCAGGCCACCCGGUGCUGUGGGUGCCCAGCAGCAAGCUGCUACCCGUCAACGUCAGCCGCACCAGCAGCGGGCAGAUCAGCACCCUGCAGAGGGGCGCCACCACCGAGAAGCUGGGCUACGACACUCAGGGGCGCCUGGUGUCGCGGGUCUUUGCUGACGGGAAGAUUUGGAGCUACACCUACCUGGAGCAGUCCAUGGUCCUGCUGCUCCACAGUCAGCGCCAGUACAUCUUUGACUUUGACUCGCUGGACCGCCUUUUGGGCAUCACCAUGCCGAGCGUGGCCCGCUACACCAUGCAGACGGUCCGCUCGGUGGGCUACUACCGCAACCUUUACCACCCGCCCGAGAGCAACGCCUCGGUGGCCGUGGACUACAGCGAGGACGGCCUCCUGCUCAGGGUGUCCCACUUCGGCACCGGCCGCCGGGUCCUCUACCGCUACCGGCGUCAGAAUAAGCUGUCGGAGAUCCUGUACGACAGCACGCGGGUCAGCUUCACCUACGACGAGACUGCGGGCGUCCUGAAGACGGUCAACCUCCAGAGCGACGGCUUCAUCUGCUCCAUCCGUUACCGGCAGGUGGGGCCUCUGGUAGACCGGCAGAUCUUCCGCUUCAGCGAGGACGGCAUGGUGAACGCCCGCUUCGACUACACUUACGACAACAGCCUGCGGGUCACCAGCGUGCAGGGCGUCAUCAACGAGACGCCCCUGCCCAUCGACCUUUACCAGUUCGACGACAUCUCCGGCAAGGUGGAGCAAUUCGGCAAGUUUGGCGUCAUCUACUACGACAUCAACCAGAUCAUCUCCACGGCGGUGAUGACGUACACCAAGCACUUCGACGCGCACGGCCGCAUCAAGGAGAUCCAGUACGAGAUCUUCCGCUCGCUCAUGUACUGGAUCACUUUCCAGUACGACGACGUGGGCCGCGUUACCCGCCGCGAGAUCAAGAUCGGACCCUUCGCCAACACCACCAAGUACGGCUACGAGUACGACGUAGACGGCCAGCUGCAGACCGUCUACCUGAACGAGAAGGUGACCUGGCGCUACACGUACGACCUCAACGGCAACCUGCACCUGCUCAACGCCGGGAACAGCGCCAGGCUCCUCCCGCUACGCUAUGACCUCAGGGACCGGAUCACCCGUCUCGGAGACAUCCAGUACCGCUUGGACGAAGACGGCUUCCUCCGCCAGAGAGGGGCCGAGGUCUUCGAGUACAACUCCAAGGGCCUCCUGGUUCGGGUGUACAGCAAAAGCAGCGGCUGGAACAUCCAGUACCGCUACGACGGGCUCAGUCGAAGGGUAUCCGCCAAGACCAGCCUCGGCCAGCACCUGCAGUACUUCUACGCCGAUCUGAACUACCCGGCCCGGAUCACGCACAUCUACAACCACUCCAGCUCGGAGAUCACCUCGCUGUACUACGACCUGCAGGGCCACCUGUUCGCCAUGGAGAUCAGCAGCGGCGAGGAGUUCCACAUCGCCUGCGACAACACGGGAACGCCUCUGGCCGUCUUCACCAGCAACGGCCUGCUGGUCAAGCAGCUGCACUACACGGCCUACGGCGAGGUCUACUUCGACUCCAACCCGGAUUUCCAGCUGGUGCUGGGCUUCCACGGGGGUCUCUACGACCCGCUGACCAAGCUGCUACACUUCGGCGAGCGGGACUACGACAUCAUGUCCGGCCGGUGGACGGCGCCGGACGUUUCCACCCUGAGGGACGUCGGCAAGGAGCCGGCGCCUUUUAACCUGUACAUGUUCCGGAAUAACAACCCCAUCAGCAAAGUCCAGGAAGUGAGAGAAUACGUGGCAGACGUGAACAGCUGGCUGGUGACUUUUGGCUUUCACCUCCACAACACCAUCCCCGGCUUUCCCAUGCCCAAGUUCGACCUGAGCAUGCCGUCGUACGAGCUGAGGAAGAGUCAGCUGUGGGACGACUUGCCGUCCAUCUCGGGCGUGCAGCGUGAAGUGACCCGGCAGGCUCAGUCGCUGCUGUCCUUCGAGCGUCUGCCCGAGGUGCGUCUGCGGCGCGGCCGGCGCGGGGAGAAGCCGUGGCUGUGGUUCUCGGCGGCGACGUCGCCGGUGGGCCGCGGCGUCAUGCUGGCCAUCUACAAGGGCGGCGUGCACGCGCACACCCUCAACGUGGCGGGCGAGGACUGCAUCAAGGUGGCGGGCAUCCUCAACAACGCCUUCUACCUGGAGGAGCUGCACUACACGGUGGAGGGCCAGGACACGCACUACUUCGUCAAGCCGGGCCUGCCGGACGCCGACCUGGCCGCCCUGCACCUGACCAGCGGCCGCAAGACGCUGGACAACGGCGUCAACGUCAGCGUGUCGCAGUCCACCGCCGUGGUGGACGGGCGCACGCGCCGCUUCGCCGACGUGGAGGUGCGCGCCGGCGCGCUGGCGCUGCACGUGCGCUACGGCGCCACCGUGGACGAGGAGAAGGCCCGCGUGGCCGAGCUGGCCCGCCAGCGCGCCUUGGCGGGCGCCUGGGCCCGGGAGCAGCGCCGGCUGCGCGACGGCGAGGAGGGCGGCCGGCCGUGGACGGAGGGCGAGAAGCGGCAGCUGCUGAGCGGCGGCAAGGUGCUCGGCUACGACGGCUACUACGCCCUCUCGGCCGAGCAGUACCCCGAGCUGGCCGACGGCGCCGACAACAUCCACUUUCUGAGGCAGAACGAGAUCGGGAAGAGGUAACAGAACGGGAGACGUGCGCCGCUCGCAAAACACUUUCGGAGCGCGGUACGCCGCCUUCUUUCGUCACCUCCUCGGCUCUUUUGAUCCAUCUUUUUCCCCCGUUUAUUUGAGGAAGAUUUUUCCCUCAAAUCCCCCCGCUUAGUCGCGUUUAUUUAUUUAUUUUUUUGGGGGGGGGUGGUAUUAUUAUUAUUUUUUAAAUAGCAAUUCCAAUGAACUUCACUUAUUGUCAGAAUUGGGCUUUUGGUGGUCAGCUCACGUAAGUUGGGCCACUCGAAAGUUAGCGUACUGCGGUUGGUUGCAAUGAUGUGGACGCCAUAUUUAAAAAAAAAACAAAAAACUAUUUUUGAUAUAGACACCAUAUAAUAAAAUGAUGGCUUUGCCCAUCCCACAUUCUUUAAACAUGUUUAAAUCUAUUGAAAUGAAACACCUUCCGCAAACGACGUAUGCGGUGCCCUUGAGUUCGAGCCCCGUUCUGCGUACCGAGUAUAUCUUAUCAGUUGUUCAGUUGGAGAUGAAAUUUAAUCCCAUGAUGCAUUGCACCAAUACAGAAAAAAAAGAUGAUCUGUAUCCUGGGCCCGAGACGAAUCUCAAUAUCCCCAAAUUUUUGUGACUUUGGUAUGUUCCAGGUGGCUGUUUUUUGUAAACAAUCACAAAAAAAAGAGCGAGAGAUGAACACAAUGCUGUGCAUUGUGAGCCGGGGGACCGGGGGGGGCGGACUUUGAAAGUCACUGAGCCUUAACACGGGCGAGUACAGGUCACUUCCUCUGCAGCACAAAAAGCCUUCUGCUAGUGAACGGAAGAGGAGCUCAUUUUUGGGGGCCGUGCAAAGGCCCUCUCGGAAUCGCUGUUUUGUGAUUAUUGAAUGAAUUAAUAAAUAAAUGGCCUUUUGUGGGGUAGGGGUCCACAGAUAUUUCUAAAACUCAACUCAUUUUUGCAAAUCCUGGGGAAGAUAUAUGCACCUGUAGCUAAAGUCUCCCCAACACUGAACUCACUCAGCAGACCCCCCCCCCCCCACCUGGAAACGUAAAAAACAAAAUUAGGGUGGCCAUUUCUAUCAUAAACCAGAUGCAAGAAUCCAUAUCUCCAAAACUGAACGGGAAGUUGACCAUUUUGGGCCAAUUCUGGGUUUUUGUUUUAUUCCCCCCCGUGUCAUCUAACAUGAGUGGGAGCACGGCGUUCCAAGUUCGAAAAAAAAAGGGGUGGGGGGGGCGAGGGUCCGUUCAUCGUGUGUUGUGGCUUUAAUGAUGUUUCUACGUUGUUUCUUUUUUUUUUUUUUUAUCCCCCUCGUUGGUUGUUUGUUUUCACGACGUUCGGCUUCACCGCAGUUAUUGUACGACCAGGAAAUGUUUACAUCGAGUGCACUCGUGCCCGGCGUGCGGCGCGUCAUAUUUCAUAUCAAUGAGCAAAGCAAAUGUUUGUUUCCUUAAUCACCCCCGCCCCUCCCAAAAAUAGAAGGAAAAAAAAAACAUGUACAUGAGAGCUAGCACUUGUAAACUUUUACGUGUUCGAUGCUUUGAGAAAAAAAAAAAAACUUUUCAUGUUUAAAUAGAAAAUGUUAAUUGUGGGCGGGGCGAAAAAGGAGACAGGACUCGAAAAGACUCCUUGGGGCACCCCGGGUUCUCCUGCUUUUGUAAAUGAUGAAUCUACCAGUAAUUUAUGUUUGUGUUUAUACAUAACUAAUAAACUACAGUUUGGUUUUGGA